GGCGUCACCCCCGCCCCGCGCUCCAGGUAGCGGCGGCCGCCGACCCCGCGGAGGCCUGGGGGCCGGGGCGGGGGCGGGGCGGGGGCGUUCCCGGGCCCCCGCCCCGCGGCCUGCCGCCCGUGAUGAUGUCACAAUCGCGGCGGGCUCCGGCGUUCCCGGGUCGGCUUCGGGCGCCGAUCGGAGCGGGCAGCGGGCUCCUGAGUCAUGGACUUCCCCUGGCCCCUCCUCUACCACUCCCACCGCCGCGCCGGGCCCCCCCGCAGGGGCUAGCGCUCGCGCGGCGGCUCCGAGGGGGUGGGGCUGCUGGGAAUGGCUGUGCCCCCUUCGGCUCCUCUGCCGUGCUCGCCCUUUUACCUGCGGCGGCAGGCGCCGUGCCCGCAGUGCUCAUGGGGCAUGGAGGAGAAGGCGGCGGCCAGCGCGGGCUGCCGGGAGCCGCCGGGCGCCCCGAGGGCCGCCGCCGUCCCUUGCUUCGGCAUAUCCGUGGACCAGGACGACAUCCUCCCGGGCGCCCUGCGCCUCAUCCAGGAGCUGCGGCCGCAUUGGAAGCCCGAGCAAGUUCGGACCAAGCGCUUCACUGAUGGCAUCACCAACAAGCUGGUGGCCUGCUACGUAGAGGAGGACAUGCGGGACUGCGUGCUGGUGCGGGUGUACGGGGAGCGUACCGAGCUGCUGGUGGACCGGGAGAAUGAGGUCAGGAACUUCCAGCUGCUGCGAGCACAUGGCUGUGCCCCCAAACUCUACUGCACCUUCCAGAAUGGGCUGUGCUACGAGUACAUGAGGGGCAUGGCCCUGGGACCCGAGCACAUCCGGGAGCCCCGGCUCUUCAGGCUAAUCGCCUUAGAAAUGGCAAAGAUUCACACCAUCCACGCCAACGGCAGCCUGCCCAAGCCCACCCUGUGGCACAAGAUGCACAAUUACUUCACCCUUGUGAAGAACGAGAUCAACCCCAGCCUUUCCGCAGAUGUCCCCCAGGUGGAGGUGUUGGAACAGGAGCUGGCCUGGCUGAAGGAGCACCUGUCCCAGUUGGACUCCCCUGUGGUCUUCUGUCACAAUGACCUGCUCUGCAAGAACAUCAUCUACGACAGCACCAAAGGUCACGUAAGGUUCAUUGACUAUGAGUACGCCGGCUACAACUACCAAGCCUUUGACAUUGGCAACCAUUUCAAUGAGUUUGCAGGUGUGAACGAGGUGGAUUACUGCUGGUACCCCGGCCGGGACACCCAGCUUCGGUGGCUGCGCUAUUACCUGCAGGCACAGAAGGGCAUGGCCGUGACCCCCAGGGAGGUGGAGAGGCUCUAUGUGCAAGUCAACAAGUUUGCCCUGGCAUCUCACUUCUUCUGGGCACUCUGGGCCCUCAUCCAGAACCAGUUCUCCACCAUCGACUUCGAUUUCCUCAGGUAUGCAGUGAUCCGAUUCCACCAGUACUUCAAGGUGAAGCCUCAAGUGUCAGCCUUGGAGAUGCCAAAGUGACCAGCUUCCCCAUCUCUCCCUUACCCAUCUGCCUGGCCAGACCUGUUCUCCAGGGCUCUGUCCUGCUCUGGGGGCCACACACUUGGACAAGGUGGGAGAGGGGACAGGUGGGUGUCCAGGGAGAAGGUUCCACCCCUGCCGCCAGCCCCCAGUGGAUGCUGCUGGAGACCACAUUCUUUUGUUUGGAGGGGCUGAUAGGACCCAGCUCUGGGGGGUCCCCUUCACCUUGCCAGACUUGGGGGGAGGGGGCGGGGGG